CGUGCGCUUAAAAGCCACGCGGAGGCUUGUGGUUUGUUGCACGGAGCCAUCCAUCGGAAUCAGUCAGAGGACGCCAAGAUGCUGCGUUUGAGCCUCACACCCAUCGCUCUACUACUGCAAGUGCUCGUGGCUUACGGGGCCAGAUGGGGCUACACAAGCUCAAACGGAGAGAGACACUGGCACACACAUUUUCCCUAUUGUGCUGGACCAAUGCAGUCUCCAGUUGACUUCAAGACAGGGAAGCUCAUCUUUGACUCAUCUUUACGCCCAGUUGUGCUCCAGAACUACAAUCUGACGGGCGGCAGCCAUCUUACUCUGAAAAAUAACGGACAUUCACUCCAAGUAGUACUUCCCUCAGCGAUGAGCAUUUCUGGCCUCCCUCAACGCUACACUGCAGCUCAGCUCCACAUUCACUGGGGCUCCAAAAACAAUCCUCUGGGUUCGGAGCACACGGUUGACAGUAAGCAGUAUGCUGCAGAGCUCCACAUUGUUCACUACAACUCCGAAAAGUAUCCCAAUGUAUCCAUGGCUUUUGACAAAUCUGACGGUCUGGCUGUACUGGGCGUUUUCAUCGAGAUUGGAGCCUUCAAUCCGGGCUAUAACAACAUUCUUUCAUAUCUUACUAAAAUCCCCAAAAGAUCAAACAGGUAUAAGAUUCCCGCUUUUGACGUCAGACAGCUGAUGCCUCAGCGCCUGGAUGAGUAUUUCCGUUACGACGGUUCUCUGACUUCACCGCCUUGCUAUCAAAGUGUGCUGUGGACCGUGUUCAAGAAUCCCGUCACCAUCUCUCAAGCUCAGUAUGACAAACUAACGGCAAGCCUCUUGGCCAACCAAGCGAGCGCCGUGCCUCUUGUUAACAACUACAGGAGUCCACUCCCGAUUGAGAACCGUGUUGUCCUGGCUUCCUUUAUGCAAGGAGUGACUACCCGUAUGUCAUCGAAGUGCAUCUCCCAGAGGAAGGCACUGGUUCGCCAAUUAUUGGUGGGUGAUUUGGAUGAGGUCAUUGAAAGUAGACAACUGCCCAAAAGUACCUACAAGUUGCUCUCCCAGAAGUACACGCAAGCAGAAUCAAAGCAAGCAACGAGUAAAUAUAAGUCGUCAGUUAAUAGGGCAUCUUCGUUGAAGGACACGAUUCAGCCGACAAUGGCCUUCGGCUCGUUGCUGCAGCAGAAGUCCCUGGAGAUCCAACAGUCCACCAUGGCCAAGAACUUGUCCGUUUCUCUGGCUGAGGCCGUUCUCCCUCAGCUCAAUAUCAAAAGCUACCUGAGCUGCAAGGCGGACCUGGCCCCCGCGACCAUCAAGUAUCUCAUGAGCGGACGGCCCCUGUGGCAGAAAGACGAGGAUUUCCAUUUGCUUGACCCCUACCUCGGUAGUUACACAAUGCAUCCUUGGCUUUUGCAAAGGGAGUUGGAGGACUAGAACGAUUCCCUCAAGUCGCUUCCUGUAGCACACAUCAACCGUGUGUGGCUAGCAUAGUCAUCUGUUCUAAUUAAUAUUAUUACAAUUAAAUUAUUGUUUGCAAUGUGUGCACAUAGAAAAUAGUUUGGUGAUCAUUUCUAUUCUCAAACAAGGCCGUAUUGAACUGUCAUUACGAAAAAGAUUGUUUGUAUUACCAAAUGAUACACGAUGAGUUAUGCCUUUGAAAAGCUUUAAAUAAACUAUUUCAAAAAUAAAAAAACAUCUUUGUG